UUCUAAUUCUUUUUAUGUUUAUAUAUUUUUCACUUAUAUAUGAAUUAUGAUGCAAGUAUUUUAGAGAUGUGAAUGUUACCCUGGAUGAGUGGUUAUAUAAGACUAGACAAGAUUAGGAAUACAAUCAUUAGAAAGAAAGUUAGAGCGGCUCUCGUUGUGAAAAAGAUGGCAAAGUCUCAUCUUAGGUGGUUUGGUCAUGUGGGGAGAAGAUUCAAAGAAACACAGACAAGGAGAAUUGAUUCAAUGAGAGAUAGUAAUAUAUUCAGAUAGACGGUGGGGGAUCAGAGAAAAACUAUAGGUCAAACAAUUGAGAUUAAGUGGUGAAUGAUCUAUUUGUGGACUUUAUAUAUGAAACCAUAUUAUGUUGAUUAAUCUACGUAGUCGAUACCAUCUAGUCAGUGGAAAGAGGUAAAUCUAUCAGCCAAACCAUUAAGGGAGGAUUAAGAGGAGCUUGUGAUUUGAACAUAAAGAUGGAGAUUAGUAGCAUCAAAGAUGCAUUUGACCGUGUGGCUAAGAAGCAAAAGUUAUGUUCUUCCAAGUCUGAAGAAACUGUUGACCAGGUAGGGCGUGAAAUUGAGCAGGCGUUGGCAACACUUAAGUCCCCUCAUGAUCCCUCAACUCCAACUGACCAGAAAUCUGUUCUUACAGAACUUAAGUCAAAGCUCAAUGCUAUUGGGUCACUUCAACAGUUAGAAGGACCGAAUAAGGAAUUGAACUCAAGUCUUGCAAAGUAUCAAAAACUUCUUGAAAAAUUGUUAAACCCUGACAUCUCAAAGGCAUACAGAAAUGUGGAAUUUGAUGCUCAUAUUAUCAAUCAGAUCAUUGCAAGCCACUUUUACCGUCAAGGUUUAUUUGAUCUUGGAGACAGCAUCAUAAAUGAGGCCGGAGAGCCUAAUGCAACUGCACUUAGAUCUCAAUUCUUGGAAAUGCACCAGGUUAUUGAAGCCAUGAGGAAUAGAAACCUUCAGCCUGCUCUCACAUGGGUCACUGCUAAUCGUGAAAAACUUGUCCAGAUUGGUUCCAAUCUUGAACUUAAGGUUCACACACUGCAGUAUGUAGAGAUUGUGCAAAAUGGAACACGAGCUGAUGCCCUAAAGUAUUCCCAAAUUUAUCUUCGUCGUUUUGCUGAUCUCUACAAGGAUGACUUCCAAAAGCUUAUGGGUUGCCUCUUGUAUGUAAGAAGGCUGGAGAAAUCCCCUUAUGCUGAGUUGCUGUCCCCAUCUCAUUGGGAGGUGACAACUGAAGAGCUGGCACGACAGUUCUGUUCUCUUAUGGGACAGUCCUAUGAGAACCCACUGAAUGUGGUAUUUACAGCUGGAGUUGAAGGGUUGCCCACACUGUUAAAGUUGGCAAAUGUAAUGGCGGCAAAGAAGCAGGAAUGGCAGGAAAUGAAACAGUUGCCAGUGCCUGUAGAAUUGGGAAAGGAAUUUCAGUUUCAUUCAAUUUUUGUUUGCCCUGUGAGUAGGGAUCAAGGUAGCGAAGAGAAUCCUCCAAUGCUGCUGCCAUGUUUACAUGUUCUUUGCAAGCAAUCAAUUAUGAAGUUAUCAAAAAAUAGCACAAGAACAUUCAAGUGUCCAUACUGUCCGGCGGAAGCUACAGUUGCACACUGCAGACAAGUGUAUUUCUGAUGAAGUUUGUGCAUUUAUUAUCUCACAUAUUUUAUUGGUGGAGUCAGCAUUCAUAGCUUUCUGGUUGUAUAUAGAUAUUCUAAAAUGAUCUUUUGCAUUUGACAAGACCAAUGACUAAGUGAAUAAAAAUUAAAAGAACGUGUUGAUAACUUGGAGCUCUGAUAAUGAUUUCAUCUCGAUGACUAAAGUGGAUUCUCCAAUUUUACCUACAA